UGUUUGGUGUGUAUGUGUGUGUAUUUCUGUGUGUGUGUAACAGAAAGCCAGUGAGAGACAGGGAGAGAAAAAUAGAUGAACGGAGAAAGCCAAGGGAGUGACCCUGACAAGGGAACAAGGAAGAAAACAAAGAGACGUUAUUGAGAGAAAAAGUGUGUGUGAGAGAGAGAGAAAGUGUGAGAGAGAGAGAGACAGGGAGAGAGAAAGACAAGGUCAUCACGUCUCUCUGCAAGCUUUGGAAGUUAUCGAUAGCACGCUACUCAAAGGGUAGUCUCUGUAGGAAAGAGAGAGAGAGACAAAAAAGGAUAUCCCACUCUACGAGUUUAGAGAGGAAGAGAAAGUAUUCUGAGUUAGCCUCUAGCAUUAGCCAUGGAGUCCCAGGUAGAGGAAGACGAUGGAACCUUCACCAACAUCUCGCUAGCUGACGACACAGUGGACAGAGGAACUGCAGCCCUGUAUAUCAAACAGGACAACGAUCUCUUCGCCAUGAACUGCGACAUGGAUGGAGACAUGGAGAACCAAGUAGAAGUGGAGGAGAAGACGAGGCUUAUCAACCAGGUUCUGGAGCUGCAACACACACUGGAAGACCUAUCGGCAAGGGUGGAUGCCGUCAAGGAGGAGAAUCUCAAGCUGAAAUCGGAGAACCAGGUUCUGGGCCAGUACAUUGAGAACUUGAUGUCGGCCUCCAGUGUGUUCCAGACCACGGACACCAAAAGCAAACGGAAGUAGCCAACAUAAGAGAAUGAUUCUAGAAUCCCAAAACAUAAUUACAUUCUAGGUUGAAGUUACCUCCAACAAAUGAUCCCGUAUCGGAAUGUUUUCUAACUCGUCAACUAGUUAGAGAAGGAUCUCACUUUUGAUCAGAUGUUGAUGGUACUUUGAACCUAGAGGCUCAUAUGCAUCUUGUAAUUAAUCCAUCUCCACUCCUAAACCAACAUAUCCUGGCUCUUUCAGAAUCAUGUGGAAAUGCAUAUUUCCCUCUUCCCAUGAGGUAAUUAUUGAUUUUUUAAGAUGUGAUUGGCCACAGUUCUAGGUUAACUUGGCCAAUCAAGUCAUGUUAAAUUAGUGAAUUCCUUAUAGUGAGGAAGGGGUAUUCUGACAGGGCCCCUGAGUCCAGUUUAUCCUUGAUUGACCUUUACCUCAUAACAUCAACACAAACAUUCAGUCAAAUUUAAUUUAAUUUGUCUUUAAAUCUAUUUUGUUUUAACUUCUUGUUUGUCUGAGGAACCUCAUGUCAUUGUCAUAAUGAUGUCUUACAUAUUUAACUGGUUUGAUCUAGAUUGGAGAUUGGACUGGACAGUGUUAUUGAAUAUAAAUAUUAAGAUAUUUGAAUAGCAUGGGAAAUGUGAUUCAUUAACAUAUUAUUCAAGCACUCCAUGAGAUUUUCUUUGUUUAAUGUUAGCCAAUAGCUAACUAAUAGCUAAAGUGACUAAAUGUCUCACAGCCAGAUGUUCCCACUGGUUGAACACUACUGGCUUAAACUAUGAUUCAGGUGAUGACUGAGCUACUAAUGUACUCAUUCAAAUAUGUUUUUAUGUAUCAUCACUGGUGGUACACAUCCAGUAUGAAUUUAGGCCUUUGUUUUUACGAGAGUGCAAGGCUUUUUCGUUGAUGGAUGGAUGGGUUAGGUGGGGGGCAAGCACAGAAAAACUGAUGUGUAAAAGUGUUUUACAGAUAGUCAUACAGUAAUGUUUCUUGCUGCACAUUAAAAGGUUGCAGACUUAAAACGCUGUGUAAAACUGACUGGUGGUUACAAUAGUUCAGACACUACAGCAUAUCUUUUGGCAGCCUUCAUCUCAGCUGAGGAGAAGAGAUGGGGAAGGUAGCUGGCCCAGCCCUUCCCUUACUGAAACUGUAAAAGAGGAGUAAAUAGGCCUUGAGUGCUAUUGAUCCAAUCACUCAGACCUGUGGAACCCACUCUGCAAGAGAUCCAGACCACACUCUGUCUGAAUCAGUGCAUUAGCAAAGUCAUGUGCUUACCCGAAGCUUCUGUUCCGGAAUUGGAAAAAAAUUUAGGCUUAAAAAAAGAAGAAGAUAUGUAUAUAUAAGGAGUAGUAAAAUAACAGUACAGAAAGGGAAUAUUUCACUUUGGGUGCUAAAAGUAGAUUUAAAGGGAAUUUCUGGAAGGUCCCACUACACAAAAACACAGUGCAUCUCAUAAUGUAUGUUUUAUUAAAUGGAAUUAUUUUGUAUUUUUUUAUGUUCAGCAGUUGUAUAAUGUGCUCCAAUUUCUCCCUCUGUUCUCAGGCAUGUUGAGUAUGCCCCACUACACACAACCUAUGAGACAAACUGCCUUGUGUGUAGAUAAUGUGUAAAUGUUAUGACUGUGUUGACUUUUAACACUUUUUGUUUUAAUAAAAAUACUUUUACUGACUUAAUAUGCCUGUUGUGAUAUUAAAUAAAAAGGCCACAAAAGCUUA